AUGUUCUACAAGGCAGUUUGUCUAGUUUUCAUUGCUGUUGUUAUCGAACCAGCAUUUUGUGCCUGUAAUUUUCGAAUAAGAUGUUCUACGAAUUCAUCUUGCCGAAUUCCACUUUGUUCAUCGGCAACAUCGCUACCACAAUCUUCAUCCUGUCCACCACAAGCGCCAUGUCCCCCCCCGCCACCCCCUCCACCAUGUCCACCAGUGACAUGUCCAACAGUGCCAAGUUUACCAACACCACCACCUCCUUCACCUUGUCCUGCCACUUCAUGUCCACCAGCUACUUUACCACCAUCAUGUCCACCAUCAACCUGCCCACCUCUACCACCACCGCCUCCUCCAUGUCCUGUUUGUAAAGAAUCAUUACCACCACCACCUUGUGCACCAUGUGUAGCAACACCACCACCUCCCUCAAGUGAUACUCAAGUGUCUGUAGGAAGUGAAAAGGGAUACCAAACUGACCAAACUGGUAAAGAUGCAGAAGUUGAUAGUGCUGCAGCUAGUGGAUACGGCCAAGAAAUACCAAAAGCAGAAUCUGAAGUUAACAGUGGAGUUGGAGCUGUAGACAAAGAAGUAUCAAGCACAGAGCAAGGAACUUUAAUUAUUGGAGGAGGUGGAAGUAGUGAAGAAGGUUGUGAAAGCGGAUUGAAUGAUGUAAGCAUUGACUGCUGCGUUUCAUGCGAUGCACCAUGUAGACGUCGUGUAGUACAUCGACGAUUCCGCGGACGAGCAGCAUUCCGCCGCCGUACCGCUAAAAAUAAGCAUCACAGAACUUACAAUCGUAACAAACGUUCGAACCCUAACAUCUCGCAGUGCAAUGAUGAGAAGUUGCGAGUAGUGAUGGAAUCACAAAUAACAACUGACGUAACAAGUGCUAAACGACGAAUUCAAGCAGCAGCUGAAGCUCAUUUUGGUGUUACUUUCAAUGUGAUUUGCUCAACGAAAUCAUUUUCCUUCUUAUUAUACACGGAGAAAUACUGCCAAGCUUCGAGAGGGAGCGUCACGUGCUACGCUUUCAAUACUUCGUAA